AUGACUACCUCAGCAACAACAACUACAACUAAGAAGAAGAAAAAACUUGUAUAUAAACAAGAUUCAGAUGGUGUUUUUAGAUUAAAAAAGGAUACUGAUAAUUUAGAUAAUACUAAUAAUAAUGAUAAUUCAUCAAUAACAACAAAUGAAAUAAUUGAUAAAAAAAGAAAAGUAGAUAAUUAUUUAAAUGAAUUAAUGGAUUGUUCAUAUACUAUAAUGGAUGAUUUAAGUAAUAAUAAUCAACAACAACAAGAUGAUAAGGAUAGACCAAAUUAUGGUGGCACACGAUCAAAAUCAUUGUCUUAUUUAAAUAAUAAGAAUAAAAAUUUGGUAGUAGGAGAAAAAGAUAAACAAAAAAAAUUAAUUAAUAGAACUUCAUCAAUUAAUACCAAUAAUAAAACAUCAACAUCAUUAAGAGAUACUGAGUUAGCAAGGACUUCAUCAGAUACUACAAAUAAUAAAACUAAGUCAUCAUCACCACCAUCAAAAUCACCUCCAAAAGUUAAAUCUAAAUCUAAACAAUCCAAAACCCAAAAAAAUUCAUUUUUCAAAAAUUUAAUCAAAUUUCCAAAUUUUUCUAAUUUAUUACCAAAAUUCCCCAAUUUACAACCAACAAUGAGUCAAAUUAAACAAACUAGUUCAAAUUUACUUAAAUUUCAUAUUCCAAGUUUUUUAUUAGGUAUAAUUUUAACUAUAAUAUCAGUUAUAUUUAGAAAACAAUUGAUCUUGUUGACUAUUGGAUUAAUUGUUAUUGGAAUAGUAUUGUUAAUUUUAAGUACUGGUGGAAUAAUUUUGGCAUUAAAAAUUGGAUUUUUAAAACAACAAGAUAUUGCAAUUGUUGAUCAAAUUAUUACAUUUAUGCAAUUAAAAUUUAAUUUAUUUAAACCUAAAGAAAUUGAAGAAAGUGAAGAAGAAGAAGAAGAAGAACCAAUUGAUCAAACUAGUGAAGUUGAAAGUAAUAUCAUACAAAAUUAUAUGAGAGAAGAUAAUAAUUCAUUUCAUACCAAAAGACCAACACCACCAUCCCAACCAAAAAUUAAAGAACGUAGACAAUCAAAUAUAAGAGUUACUCCAUUUAGAUAUGAAAGAGAAAAUACAACAAAUAGUGUACCAAAUAUUAAUAAUUAUACAAAAUCAUUUGAAUAUCAACAACAAGAACCUAAUCAAUUAAAAAGAUUAAAUACUGAACCAAUUCAACUUAAAAAAAGAAAUUCACCACCUUCAUCCAAAUUUAAAUCUAAAAUUAAUUCAUCUUCAAAUAUUCCAAUUCAAAAAAAAUUACCAAUAACUCCUCAAUCAUUAAAUAAUGAUGAAUUACCUUUUAUAAAUGAAGUCAAAUUAGUAGAUUCUUUAGAACAACAAGAAAACAAUGAUCAAGAUUCUUACUCACAUCAUCCCAAUCAACUUCGAAAUGGUAAACCUCGUCCAUCACGUGAAUACGAAUAUUUUCAAGAUUAUAAUAAUAAUGGUCAAAAUCAAGAUGAAUUUUAUAUAAAUGAUGAAUUCGAAAAUGAUAGCAUAUAUACUUCCAACAACAACAAAAAUAAUAUCAAUAAUGGUAAUUUUAAUUCUAAUGGUCAUUCUACUGGUAAUCAUACUGAUUUCAUGAGACAACAAUCAAUUUUAGGUACAAGAGCAAAUUAUAAAAAAUUUUUAGCUAAUGUUGAUCAUUAG